AUGAGACUGAACACAAAUCUGCGGUCAUGGUGGUGGGUAGCAAGUGUUCUUGUGAUCCUCGUAUUAAUGGAUCGACCAGUGACAUCACAGAAGAUCGACAGAAAUAACACAAUGAUCAGAUGGUAUUGUAGUAGCUACAGAGGCAUGAACAGUCAAGUUUUUCUUAAAAACCUCAACACCACCCUUUCUAGCCUCCGAAAGCAGUUAUCCAGAGUCAACAAUUAUCACGCAGUUUCGAAGGCUGUGAUUAAUGGUGAAUCUGUCUUCGGUCUAGCUUUGUGCAGGGAAUAUCUCCCCACUUCGGCGUGUCUGUCUUGUUUUGACACCGCUGUCUCUUACAUGAAAGUAUGUGGCCUCGGGAAUGGUGCUCAUAUUUUUUAUGAUGACUGCGAGAUCAGGUAUGAAAACAGAAAUUUCUACAAUGACGCAAUCGUGAAAACUAGCAUUGCAAUAUGUGGCAAUACAACAUCAUCAUAUCCGAAGGAACUGAAGAAAGUAGCACUUGGGUUGCUUUCAGAUCUUCGGAUCGCAACCCCAAAAACAUCAAAUUUCUUUGCUGCUUCCACAAGGCAAAUUACUGGUAGUAAUGCAACAGUGUAUGCUAUUGCACAAUGUAUCCGCAACAUAAGCGAAAGUAUGUGUGUAGAAUGCUUAAAGAUCAGAUCUCGAUUUUUAGAUGACUGUCUUCCGAGUACAUUAGGAAGGGCAAUUGAUGAUGGAUGUUUUAUGAGGUAUUCGGAAACUCCAUUUUUCCAAAUCAAUCAAACAACUGAUAUCACACCUCUUUUACGAAAUGCCAUUGCUAAUGAAAAGAUCAUGAUGGGGUUGACAGGAUAUUCAAGAAAUCUGAGAUUCCUUGUUGGGGGAGUUGUUGGUGGUGUAUGCAUGUUGUUGUGCAUCCUGGGAUUCCUCUUUUGGCAUCAUAGAUCGAGAAAAUCGAAAAACUCCAGAAAAGAUAAGUCAACUGGAGAAACUGACAUGCUGCAAAGGACGACUAUUUAUACUUAUAAAGAUUUAAAAAUGGCGACAAAUAACUUUUCCGACCAUAAUAAAAUUGGAGGCGGGUUUGACAGGUUGUAUAAGGGUGUUCUUAAGGAUGCAAAUACUGUUGCAAUAAAGAAAAUAGAUAUAACAUCUAAAAGUGGAAAAGGUUACAUGGAUAAUGAAAUGCAAAUCAUUAGUAAUGUUCAUCACCGCUAUCUCAUACGCCUCCUUGGCUAUUGUCGUAAAGGGCGACACCUUUAUUUUGUCCUUGAGUACAUGGAAAAUGGUAGCCUUGAUAAAUUUCUCUAUGGUGACAAAAGGGGAACUUUAAAUUGGAGACAAAGAUUCGACAUAAUAUAUGGUACAGCUAGAGGACUUGCAUAUCUACAUGAACAGUACCAUGUUAAAAUCAUUCACAGAAAUAUAAAAGCAAGCAACAUUUUGUUGGACGACGUAUUUCAGCCGAAAAUUACAGAUUUUGGGCAAGUGAAACUAUUGCCACAAGAUAAGACACAUCUCAGCACCAAAGUUACGGGCACCUUGUCUAAUGGCUAUAAUGCACUAGAAUAUGAAAAUAAUGGGCAGUUGUCUGAGAAAGAUGAUAUUUACAGCUUUGGUGUUGUUAUGCUUGAAAUCAUCAGUGGAAAAUGGUGCAAUGACAUGCUUGAAAAUGAAUCUGCCACAAUGAGCCUUGUUGAUCUGGCAAGGAGUCUAUAUGAUAAUGAAAUGCAUUUGAAUAUCAUCGAUGUUACACUUGACCAAAAUGAAUAUGCAAUAGAAGAUGCAAAGAAAAUCGUGGAGAUAGCCUUGAUGUGCACACAUUCAACGGCUUCAUUGAGACCAACAAUGUCUGAUGUGGUUAUACUUUUAAGUGAACGUUCAUUUAGUAUAAGGCGUCCCAUGAUGUCUACUAUUGAUGAUUGCCAUAUGAAUAUUCAAGUGAAUACCUCUACUUCCACUUCAAAAUACGAGACAAAUGGUACAUCUUCCACAUAUGGAUCUCCAGUCGAUUAG